CAGGAGGCGAAGGUGAACGUUAAAGCGCUAGAACCUUCUCGCACCAAUUGGCGCAGAAGAAGAAGUAAUAUCACCCUAAAAGAGUGGAGCUACGACAGGCGUGGCGAUGCCUAAGAAGUUCCAGGGUGAAAACUCUAAGUCUGCGGCGGCGCGAGCUCGGAAAGCCGAGGUUAAAGCAGCAGCAGAUGCAAAGAAACAGCAGGAACUGGAGGACGCUUUGUGGCAGGAAAGUGACAAACAUGUGCUGAAAAAGGAACAGAGGAAGGAUGAGAAGGAGAAGAGGAGACUGGAAGCUCUGGAGAGGAAGAGAGAGAACCAGCGUCUCCUGGAUGAAGAGGACUUGAAGCUGAAGGGCAAACAGAAUCGAGAAAAGCUGAGCAAAAUGACACAAGCUCAGAUCGAGCAGAACCUCAACCAAGAACAAGCACUUAAAGAGACUGAGAAGAAAGAGAAGAGUCAUUUGGAGACACCGCUGGAGGAGAACAUUAACCGCACCAUUCCUGAAGAAGACUCGGCCCGGACCAUCGAGGACGCCAUCGCCAUGCUCAGUACUAAAGAGGAUCUGGACCGCCACCCUGAGCGGAGGAUGAAAGCGGCCUACACUGCGUUUGAGGAGGCCAACAUGUCCCGUCUGAAGAUGGAGAACCCCAACAUGCGCCUGUCUCAGCUUAAACAGCAGCUGAAGAAAGAGUGGGCAAAGUCUCCAGAGAACCCGUUAAACCAGCGCUUCGUCAGUUACAACAGCAAGUAACCAUGGCGACCCACAUGGCAAGAUCUCAGAGACUGACACGAGUAACACAGGGUCCGCCAUCCGCAACCUGAACCUUACGGCCAGACGCCGACAACACAAAUUCAUACUGAAGUUCCAGUUUGUGCCAUAAACAAAUUUCACACUCAGUACAUUUUAUUAUUAGGGUUUUUGUGCUAAAAAUAAAGAACAGAGUGCACUUCAGUAACAUUGAGUUUUAGACAUUAAUGAUGGCAAUAAACACCAUGUCGGUUUUACAGUAGUGUAUUAACACUGAGAUGAGCUCCUGACACCUGCAGGUGACGUGUAGUAACUUUAUUAAACUGGUGAACAAACUGA